GCGGAUUCAACCGAGGAUUGCCGAUUGCAGUGACUGCACCAGAACAGACCGUAAUUAAUUUCCUUGUUGAAUAAUUUUCAAACUUCCUGAUAAAUUUUGGCUCAUAUCAAGAAAACCUUUAUUCUGUGAACUUUAAAAGAAGCAAGCAGAAAUGUGCACCAACCAAUGGAGAUCAAUUGAGAUGGUUAUUUUACAGUAGUUAUCAAUGAAAGAAGAAGAUGAGAGAGACAAGGAUUUGUCCCAAUAUAGUCAGACAGAUUUAUUAUCAAGUCCUGUGACAGGAAAAGCUCAAAGAAGAAAGACACAUUCUUCAACAAUGGAAGCACAGCCAUUACCAACAGACAACAACCGAUUACAGGCAGCCUAUACUGUCCUUUACACUGUACCUAGGUCUAUUGAACACGUCAUAGACAGAGAGUACCAAGGUGGUUUUGUCCAAGCUAUUCGUGAUUAUGAAGAUCAGCUGAAGGACAAAAUCAGAACAGAGGAAUGGGAUAUGCUCAGCCAAUUAAUAGUUCACUACAGAUUGUACCACUUCUAUGAUAAGAUUGUACAAGACACCUCUCUGGAUAAAGACGUCCUUGAUAAACUGAUUUCUAAAUGUAUCCUACGGAUAGAAGACAGAGAGGAGAUAGAACACUAUCCCAGACAAUCUGACCGCAACAAAUGUAUCUUAGACCUCCUAAUUCAAAGACCACAAGAUUCCUACAGUGUAUUAUUAGACGUUCUAAAGGAGUCUCCUACUUGUUCUAAAGACCUGAUAGAAUGUAUGGAAGGUCAACCUUCCCAUCAUGAAGUUGUUUCACACUCCAUAGUUAAGUCAAGUAUUACAGGGAACCAUUCAAUCAGGUUACAAAAGAACUACCACCAUCUUAUUCAGAAUUUAUCUAAUGUAAGACAGGUCAUUGAUUUAUUGAUAUCAAAGGGAGUUUUAGAACCUGACGACCAUGCAGAAAUUGUUUCCAGUGAAGUGUCAGGUGAAAUGAAUAGAAAGCUAAUAGCUAAGAUCAGAAGUGUACAAGAUUAUCAGUUCUUUCUGGAGGCACUCAAGGUGGACCCUGGCAAUGCAGAACUGGCAUCUGACUUAGAAUCAACUGAUGUUAGCCAAGAUGAAUUUAACCUUGUUCAAACAGGAGACACAGUACCACAGCUAACAAACAGACCAGGAUUCCAGACACUGGUUACAUUAGUUUCUAUGGUUAAAGCUGUACAGAUUCCAAAUACAGAACCAGACAGCCAUGAUAUCAGUUUAUCAGCAGACUUAUACAGACUACAGUCUUGGUACAAAAAGAUCAUUAAAAUGAGAUCGAUGGAUUCACAUAAAUAUCAACAAUUUGUUGAAACCAUACAGGCAAUUUUGAUAAGAAUCGGUGGAAAGAAGGAUCCUGCUGAUAUAGAAAUUAGAUUGAGUCCUGUUCUGCAAAAACAAGUUAAGAAGAUUCUUGACCAUUUAAAAGAAAAAGAUGAGAAAGAAUCUGAGCAGGAGGAAGUUAUCCCAAGGAAUAUAAGAGAGCAGAUAAAAGAACAAAUAGAAGAUUGGGUAAAGAAAGAUAAGAAGUUUGUGUCUACAAGAGCCAGUGAUUAUGUCAUCGAAUGUGUACAGGACAACAAUUGUGUUACUUUAACUGCCCCAGCAGGAGUUGGAAAAUCUUUCAUCUGUAGACAUACAGCGCUUGUUUUACAGAAGAAAGGAUACAAAAUAAUACCGGUGUAUGCUCCAACAGAUAUAAGAGAUUAUUACCAGCCUGGUAAACAGACAGUCUUCAUUGUAGAUGAUAUUUGUGGAAAUUACACUGCUAACCAACAACAGAUUGAUAACUGGAAACAACUGUUACCUGUGAUUAACAAGAUUGUUGCAGACAAAUGUUGUAAGAUUAUUGUAUCUUGUAGGUUACAAGUUUAUAAGGAUGAUAAGUUUAAGAUAUUACUACCUUUUAAAUCUUGUGAAUGUAACUUGAAUUCAGAUGAAUUAUGUCUUACAUCUGAUGAGAAAACAACUAUAGCAAAAUCAUAUAUUGGUACAAAUGUUAAAGAUAUUGAUGAUUUAUCUCAAAAUAGUGAAUUUUUUCCACUUUUAUGCUCCUUAUAUCAUGCACAAAAAAAUUCAGAUAUGAAAGAAUUUUUCAGAAAUCCGUUUGUUGUCUAUAAAGAUGAGCUAGACAAAUUAAGUGAGGCUGGUGACGAAGGGAACUUUAAAAUAUGUAGUCUUGCUUUAUGUGUUAUCUUUAAUAAUGAUUUGAAAGAAAAAUGGUUCCAUGGUAAAAUGACAGAUGAACAACGACAUGUCAUAGAAGACACAUGUGAUGCUUGUGAAAUCAACAGAAGUACAUCAAAGGCAAAACUAAAGAAAGCACUUGACACUCUAGAUGGUACAUUUAUAUGUAAACAGAAUGGUAUUUAUAGAACUGUACAUGAUAAAUUGUUUGACUUCCUUGCUCAUUACUUUGGUCAGAAAAUGAUUGAAUGUUUGAUAAAUCAUGGUGAAAGUGAAUUAGUACUUGAACGUUUCAUUUGGCAGAAAUCACCAGAUGACAAGACAAGUAACAUGGACUUCAUUAUAGAAAUACCAGAUGAUUAUUUAGAAUCAUAUCUAGAAAGGUUGAUAAAGGACUGGUUAGCAGGUAAGGUGGCAGAUGUAUUCAGUAACAAUAAUAUGGAAGAAUCAUCAUUCAGAGAACAGUUUUUACAGUACUUACUACAACUAGAUAAACCACAACAAGUAACAUUAGCCAACACCAAGGAUACAGUGAGACCAAAGGAGAGCUGUACAUCAGGUAAUACUCCACUGAUAGAUACUUGUUAUUAUGGGUAUAUUGAUAUGGUUCAGUGGAUUUUAUGUAAUGAUGUGGAUGUAGAUCAGUGUAGAGAUGAUGAGGUUAAUGGACUGUACAUGGCAAGUCAGGAAGGACAUACUGAUAUAGUAAAGUUACUGUUAGAGAGGAAUCCUAAUGUUGAUCUAUGUGACAAUGAUGGCUGUAGUCCUCUGUUACUGGCAAGUCAGAAUGGACAUACUGAUAUAGUAAAGUUACUGUUAGAGAGGAAUCCUAAUGUUGAUCUAUGUAACAAGGUUGGCUGUAGUCCUCUGAAUAUAGCAAGUGAUAAAGGACAUACUGAUAUAGUAAAGUUACUGUUAGAGAAGAAUCCUAAUGUAGAUCUAUGUGACAAUGAUGGCUGUAGUCCUCUGUUAAUGGCAAGUAAUACAGGAAAUACUGAUAUAGUAAAGUUACUGUUAGAGAAGAAUCCUAAUGUAGAUCUAUGUAACAAUGAUGACUGGAGUCCUCUGAAUAUAGCAAGUUAUAAAGGACAUACUGAUAUAGUAAAGUUACUGUUAGAGAAGGAUCCCAAUGUUGAUCUAUGUAACAAUGAUGACUGGAGUCCUCUGAAUACAGCAAGUGAUGAAGGACAUACUGAUAUAGUAAAGUUACUGUUAGAGAAGGAUCCCAAUGUUGAUCUAUGUAACAAUGGUGACUGGAGUCCUCUGAAUACAGCAAGUGAUGAAGGACAUACUGAUAUAGUAAAGUUACUGUUAGAGAAGGAUCCUAAUGUUGAUCUAUGUAACAACAAUGGCUGGAGUCCUCUGAAUACAGCAAGUAACAAAGGACAUACUGAUAUAGUAAAGUUACUGUUAGAGAAGAAUCCUAAUGUAGAUCUAUGUAACAAUGAUGACUGGAGUCCUCUGAAUACAGCAAGUGAUGAAGGACAUACUGAUAUAGUAAAGUUACUGUUAGAGAAGAAUCCUAACGUUGAUAUAUGUAACAACAAUGGCUUUACGCCAUUGAUCUUCUUGUGUAUCAAUAACCACACCAGUAUAGUCCAGCUAUUAAUUAAACAUAAACCAAACAAUAAUGCCCAGACAUUCAAUGGUUGUAAUUCUUUAUAUUUCAGUGCAAGGAAUGGAAACCUAGAGAUAACACAGUUACUGUUAGAGAAUAAUGCCGACUGUAAUAUCUGUAUCCAUAGUAAACAGUCUAUAACAGAUACAUUAAAUAACCAUCCAAGUAAAACAUUGGACGAAGUAAAACAAUUAUUAUUUGAUAGUCUGGUAAAGAAUACACCAUCACAUGUAAGAGAUUAUGUCAGUCAGAAGUCAGUAGAUUAUGCCUUUGAUGUAGUAGCUGGUUCUUCUCCUUUACACAUAGCCAGUUAUAUGGGUAGGACAGAUGUAGUCAUUUGUCUUCUUGACCAUAAUGCUAACAUCAACAUGACAAAAGAAGAUGGAACAACACCAUUAUUUUAUGCAUGUGAAGUAGGACAUGAGGAUAUUGUACAUUUAUUGUUAGAUAAAGGUGCAGAUACACAGAUGUGUAGACUUGAUGGGGAAUCCCCUUUAAAGAUUGCAACAGAUAAUGGACAUACAUCUAUAGUAAUGGUGUUAACAAAUCACACAAAGAAUGAGGAACAAAAUUCUUCCUAACUUUUUUUCUUUGGUCAGUGGUUUGUUAAACUCUUUUAUUCAGUUUUCACACAAAGUCUGAUUUUCAUAUAUAUUACCCAUUUGAAAAUUAUCAUACAACUGCUGAUGUUCUUUGCUCACUGGUAUGAUCUGUUAUUUAUCUAAUAGGUUUGAUAUCUACAGCUAUUCAUUUCACUACUCUGUCUCUAAUUUUACAAAGCACAUGCAGCUUAGCUUUAUAUUACAUGAAAAUUUAUUGAUGUUUUUACCACCAGUCUAUUGUUACACCAGUAUACAAACACAGUAGGGGGGUCUCAACAUACAAAUUUGGGUACAAAUGUCAGGCUAAAAAACACCCUGCAUUCCUAAAUUCAAAUCGAACUUCAUUGUCAUAUAAAUAGCCUUAUAUGAUUUGUGACUAAAUUGCUUUUCAGUUGAUAGUUAUCUCAUUGGCAAUUAUACCACAUCUCCUUAUUUUUACUUAGGUGGAUAGUUGUCUCAUUGGCAAUCUUACCACGUCUCCUUAUUUUUUCUUUGGUGGAUAGUUGUCUCAUUGCAUUGGCAAUCAUACCACGUCUCCUUAUUUUUACUUUGGUGGAUAGUUGUCUAAUUGGCAACCAUACCCCAUCUCCUUAUUUUUACUUUGGUGGAUAGUUGUCUCAUUGGCAACCAUACCCCAUCUCCUUAUUUAUACUUUGGUGGAUAGUUGUCUCAUUGCAUUGGCAAUCAUACCACGUCUCCUUAUUUUUACUUUGGUGGAUAGUUGUCUCAUUGGCAACCAUACCCCAUCUCCUUAUUUUUACUUUGGUGGAUAGUUGUCUCAUUGCAUUGGCAAUCAUACCACAUUUCCUUAUUUUUACUUUGGUGGAUUGUUGUCUGAUUGGGAAUCAUACCAAAUCUCCUUAGUUUUAGUUUGGUGGAUAGUUGUCUCAUUGGCAAUUAUACCACAUCUCCUUAUUUUUACUUUGGUGGAUAGUUGUCUCAUUGGCAAUCAUACCCCAUCUCUUUAUUUUUACUUUGGUGGAUAGUUGUCUCAUUGGCAAUCAUACCCCAUCUCUUUAUUUUUACUUUGGUGGAUAGUUGUCUCAUUGGCAAUCAUACCCCAUCUCUUUAUUUUUACUCUGGUGGAUAGUUGUCUAAUUGGCAAUCAAACCCCAUAUUCCAAACUCUUUAUUUUAACUUUGGUGGAUAGUUGUCUCAUCGGCAAUCAAACCCUGUCUUCUUAUUUUUACUUUGGUGGAUAGUUGUCUCAUUGGCAAUCAAACCCCAUAUCCCAAACUGUUUAUUUUAACUUUGGUGGAUAGUUGUCUUGUUAGUAAUUAUACCACAUCUCCCUAAUUUUACUUUGGUUAAUAGUUGUGUCAUUUGCAAUCAUACCACAUCUCCUUAGUUUUAAUUUGGUGGAUAGUUGUCUUAUUGGCAACCAUACCCCAUCUCCUUAGUUGUCUAAUUGGCAAUCAAACCCCAUAUCCCAAACUGUUUAUUUUAACUUUGGUGGAUAGUUGUUUUGUUGGUAAUUAUACCACAUCUCCCUAAUUUUACUUUGGUUAAUAGUUGUGUCAUUUGCAAUCAUACCACAUCUUCUUAGUUUUAAUUUGAUGGAUAGUGUCUCAUUGGCAAUCAUACCACGUCUCCUUAUUUUAACUUUGGUGGAUAGUUGUCUCUUUGCCAAUCAAACCUCAUCUCCUUAUUUAUACUUUGGUGGAUAGAGCCUCAUUGGCAAUCUACCCCAUCUCCUUAUUUUUACUCCAUCUUUUCUUAUUUUAACUUUGGUGGAUAUUUGUCUCAUUGGUAAUCAUACCCCAUCUCCUUUUUUUUACUUUGGUGGAUAGUUGUCUCAUUGGUAAUCAUACCCCAUCUCCUUUUUUUUACUUUGGUGGAUAGUUGUCUCAUUGACAAUCAUAUCCAAUAUCCUUAUUUUUACUUUAGUGGACAGUUAUCUCAUUGGGAGCCAUACCACAUCUCCUUAUUUUUACUUUGGUGGAUAGUUGUCUCAUUGGCAGCUAUACUACAUCUCCUUAUUUUUUACUUUGGUGGAUAGUUGUCUCAUUGGCAAUCAAACCCCAUCUCCUUUUUUUUACUUUGGUGGAUAGUUUUCUCAUUGGUAAUCAUAUCCCAUCUCCUUAUUUUAACUUUGGUGGAUAGUUGUCUCAUUGCAUUGGCAAUCAUACCACAUCUCCUUAUUUUUACUUUGGUGGAUAGUUGUCUCUUCGGCAAUCAAACCCCAUCUCCUUAUUUUUACUUUGGUGGAUAGUUGUCUCAUUGGCAAUCAUACCCCAUCUCCUUAUUUUAACUUUGGUGGAUAGUUGUCUUAAUGGCAAUCAUAUCACCAAACUCCUUAUUUUAACUUUGGUGGAUAGUUGUCUCAUCGGCAAUCAAACCCCAUCUCCUUAUUUUUACUUUGGUGGAUAGUUGUCUAAUUGGCAAUCAAACCCCAUACCCCAUCUCCUUAUUUUAACUUUGGUGGAUAGUUGUCUUAAUGGCAAUCAUAUCACCAAACUCCUUAUUUUAACUUUGGUGGAUAGUUGUCUCAUUGGCAAUCAAACCCCAUCUCCUUAUUUUUACUUUGGUGGAUAGUUGUCUCAUUGGCAAUCAUACCACAUCUCCUUAUUUUUACUUUGGUGGAUAGUUGUCUCAUUGGCAAUCAAACCCCAUCUCCUUUUUUUUACUUUGGUGGAUAGUUGUCUCAUUGGCAAUCAUACCACAUCUCCUUAUUUUUACUUUGGUGGAUAGUUGUCUCAUUGGCAAAUCAAACCCCAUCUCCUUAUUUUUACUUUGGUGGAUAGUUGUCUCAUUGGCAAUCAAACCCCAUCUCCUUUUUUUUACUUUGGUGGAUAGUUGUCUCAUUGGCAAUCAUACCACAUCUCCUUAUUUUUACUUUGGUGGAUAGUUGUCUCAUUGGCAAUCAAACCCCAUCUCCUUUUUUUUACUUUGGUGGAUAGUUGUCUCAUUGGCAAUCAUACCACAUAUCCUUAUUUUUACUUUGGUGGAUAGUUGUCUCAUUGGCAAUCAUACCCCAUCUCCUUAUUUUUACUUUGGUGGAUAGUUGUCUCAUUGGCAAUCAAACCCCAUCUCCUUAUUUAUACUUUGGUGGAUUGUGCCUCAUUGGCAAUCUACCCCAUCUCCUUAUUUUUACUCCAUCUUUUCUUAUUUUAACUUUGGUGGAUAGUUGUCUCAUUGGCAAUCAAACCCCAUCUCCUUAUUUUUACUUUGGUGGAUAGUUGUCUCAUUGGCAAUCAAACCCCAUCUCCUUAUUUAUACUUUGGUGGAUUGUGCCUCAUUGGUAAUCUACCCCAUCUCCUUAUUUUACUCCAUCUUUUCUUAUUUUAACUUUGGUGGAUAGUUGUCUCAUUGGCAAUCAAACCCCAUCUCCUUAUUUUUACUUUGGUGGAUAGUUGUCUCAUUGGCAAUCAUACCACAUCUCCUUAUUUUUACUUUGGUGGAUAGAUGUCUCAUUGGCAAUCAAACCCCAUCUCCUUUUUUUUACUUUGGUGGAUAGUUGUCUCAUUGGCAAUCAUACCACAUCUCCUUAUUUUUACUUUGGUGGAUAGUUGUCUCAUUGGCAAUCAAACCCCAUCUCCUUAUUUUUACUUUGGUGGAUAGUUGUCUCAUUGGUAAUCAUACCACAUCUCCUUAUUUUAACUUUGGUGGAUAGCUGUCUCAUUGGCAAUCAAACCCCAUCUCCUUAUUUAUACUUUGGUGGAUUGUGCCUCAUUGGCAAUCUACCCCAUCUCCUUAUUUUUACUCCAUCUUUUCUUAUUUUAACUUUGGUGGAUAGUUGUCUUAUUGGCAAUCAAACCACAUCUCCUUAUUUUUACUUUGGUGGAUAGUUGUCUCAUUGGCAAUCAUACCACAUCUCCUUAUUUUUACUUUGGUGGAUAGAUGUCUCAUUGGCAAUCAAACCCCAUCUCCUUUUUUUUACUUUGGUGGAUAGUUGUCUCAUUGGCAAUCAUACCACAUCUCCUUAUUUUUACUUUGGUGGAUAGUUGUCUCAUUGGCAAUCAAACCCCAUCUCCUUAUUUUUUACUUUGGUGGAUAGUUGUCUCAUUGGUAAUCAUACCACAUCUCCUUAUUUUAACUUUGGUGGAUAGUUGUCUCAUUGGCAAUCAAACCCCAUCUCCUUAUUUAUACUUUGGUGGAUAGUUGUCUCAUUGGCAAUCUACCCCAUCUCCUUAUUUUUACUUUGGUGGAUAGUUGUCUCAUUGGCAAUCAAACCCCAUCUCCUUAUUUUUACUUUGGUGGAUAGUUGUCUCAUUGGCAAUCAUACCCCAUCUCCUUAUUUAUACUUUGGUGGAUAGUUGUCUCAUUGGCAAUCAAACCUCAUCUCCUUAUUUAUACUUUGGUGGAUUGUGCCUCAUUGGCAAUCUACCCCAUCUCCUUAUUUUUACUCCAUCUUUUCUUAUUUUAACUUUGGUGGAUAGUUGUCUUAUUGGCAAUCAAACCACAUCUCCUUAUUUUUACUUUGGUGGAUAGUUGUCUCAUUGGCAAGCAUACAUAUCUCCUUAUUUUACAUUGUUGUAUAGUUGUUUCUUUGGCAAUCAUACCCACAUCUCCUUAUUUUUGUAAAUGACAAGUAGAAAGUAAGUAUCAUUAUAAUUAACAAACUAAUUAUUGUUAUGUAUUGAUCUUUUUAUAUAUAUAAAGUAUAGCUUAUAAUUCAUUGGUAUUGAUUUAAGGAAUAUCCCAUAUUUUCCAGCUUCCAGGAUAUUUUAUUUAGAUGCUAACCACAUGGUAUCUUUCUUAUUAUUAGAUGAAAAGAUCAUAACACAGGUUUGAUAGAAUUCUCAGCAGAAGAUAAACAUUUAUAACACAUAGACAUAAAUUGUUACCCAUUUUUAUUUUACCUCUGUACAAUUGGACCCCAUUGAUAUAUUUGUCAUACCCAAAAGUGAUCAAUACCAGCGUCUGUAUAUACCUUUAUAUAUGAAAAGCCCUCCUGUGUAUAGAAAUUAUGAAUUACUGUUUUAUGUUUAUUGCUACAAAAUGUUGGUUCAUGUUUCUACUCUCUGUAGGUAUUUCAUCAUAUACACUGUACAUGUAUAUAUUAUCUAACGCAAUCAUAGGUUUGAACGUUGUUUUCAAUUUAGACUUGUAUAUAUUUUUUCGUUUGGUAUUAUAUUUGCCUUCGGGUUUGAUUUGUUUCCCUGUGUUUAAAUAUGUUGUAAAUAAUAUAUGAUGUUUAUACAUUUGCACAGUAGGAGAAAUGCAAAUGUAUCUAUAUAUUGCUGCUGUAAAUCAUAUACUAUUUUUAAUCAUUUUGUAGAAUUGAAGGAAUAUUUAUAGGAAAGAAUUAUAGUGAUAUGACAUAACCAUACAUUCCAAGGAAAAUACAUUUUUUUAUCAAGUCUUAAGAUACAGGAAAAAAUUUGAUAGUGACAUAAUUUUUACUUGUUUUUUAUUACAAAUGAUAUUUAACUUAUUGUACAAACAAUGCAACUACUUUAAGAUUUGUAUUUUAUUUUUUUUAUUUUUUGAAAUAUCCUUUAAUAUUAUAUCUUGCAUUAAUAAUAUUUUUCAAAGACAUUGUUGAUCAUCAGGCAAUCCAUGGAAGAUUCUGGUCGCCCUGCAUCUUAGUAAUUAUACUGACAGUAUAUUAUAAAUAAAUUUCUUUCAAAAUCAUAGAGCUACAAAAAUAUGAAAAUAUAUAUAAUUUAUAAGUUUCAAUGAAGAUAUUGUACUGAUUUUUAAUAUUUUGUAUUAUUUGAAUUAUAUUUUGUUUACAUUGUAAAAAAGUAAUACAUGUAUGUGUUGAUAUAAUUAGAGUCAGAAAAAAAUAAUUAUAAUAAAUAUAUUCUCAGUAUUGA